GGCUGCUGAUGAAGCAUCUAUUUAACAUACCAUUAGCACUCUUCAGGUAAACUAGAUUAGCUAUGGCGGAGGGAUUCAAACAAGUGGAGUCAAUCGACUCAAUCCCUCAUCACCCCAAAACCACGUCCACAAGUGGAUCAAACUAAUUCAUCAUCUACUCGUUUUGACCAUAGACCAACAUCUCUCAGAUUACCUUGAUCUAUAUAUAGCACAGAAUCCAAAGUUCAUAAUGCCAUCCAUGGAUCCCAACGACAUCAACAUUGUCGCUCAUUUCCUCGCCUUCGACCAAAUCGCCUCACCUUCCCCUCCGUCAGAUGCAGCAGAUGUCCUCGUCCUCUGCGUCUCCGCCAUCCUCCCCAUAGCAGAGAAAGUCUUCACGCAUUUCGAGAAUAACCCAACAGCAAUCAAAACUCUGGUCCUCUGCGGCGGAAUCGGCCAUUCCACGCCUCAUCUCUACGAAGCUAUCGCCAACGAUCCACGCUACGCGCAUCUCCUCCCGGAGAUUGACGGACUACCAGAAGCACAGGUCCUUCAUCGCGUUUUCACGCGGUGUUUUGAUGCACCGAGGAUCCUGAGCUCAUGUCGUGUCCUGAUUGAAGACCGCUCGACGAACUGCGGCGCUAAUGCAGUUGAAACGAAGAGGGUUCUUGAGGAGAACGGCAUUCAUCCCCGGAGUAUGCUAAUUGUGCAGGAUCCGACCAUGUCUCGGCGGACGGUGGCGUCGUUUGAGAAGGCCUUUUCUGGUGGGGGAACCCUGCGGUUUACCAGCUGGCCGACUUUCGUGCCUAAAUUUAGGCUUGAAGGAGGGAAGCUGGUGUAUGAUGAGUCUGUUGGGAUUGACGCGUGGCGGUUGUGGAGGUUACCGCGGUUCCUGGGCCUGGUUAUGGGGGAGAUUCCACGACUUAGAGAUGAUGAGGAAGGGUAUGGUCCCAAAGGAAAAGGGUUCAUUGUGCAUGUUGAUGUUCCAGAUGAAGUAGAGGAAGCGUGGAGGAGAAUUAAGGAUGUGGAGAUGGAAUGGGAGAGACGGUAAUUGUGGGUUGAUGUCUGGGAUAUAAGACAAGUUGAUGUCUUGCGUCUGAAGGCAUCUUUGCCUGUGUUUCAGUUGGACUGCAAAAUCGAACUGUGGUAUGAGAGACUGG